CCCAGACAACACAUGAAGACAGCCAAAAUGGAGUUCACUUGACCUGGUGUUUUAUAAAUGUUCUCCGUAGUGUUUUCUUGAGAAAAUUAUAUCGAAGUACAGUAUCUUAUGAACCUCGACUUAUAACAUGGCAACAGGACCUUAUAUAAUCCACAAGUCAUCCCAAUUCUGUGCGGCAGUUCGUUCAAAUGUAGACUUUGACAACUCAGUUCGCAAGAGGAUAAGAGAGGUCACGUUCUGCUUUAAUGGAGUGGCCAUGGACACUUUACCACCUCGGUUAAAUUUAAAGAGUAUCUCAACUGUUGUAAACGCUGCUUGUCAACAGUUCAGAGAAAAGGGAGUAAAAUAUUUGAUCAACAAACAAGAUGUCAAUCGGGCGAGGAAAGAAUUACGGGGACAGUUUUAUUCUCAGGCGAGUGAAGGCGAUUUUAAGACUUGCGAAAAUUCGAUAGCAGAGAGUUCUACUUUUGAUGUUCGUCUUUUAGACGCUGCUGGUUUUCGUUGGGAUAAGGAAAGAGUUACGGAUUACGAAUUAUACAGGUAAGAAGUGUGAAUUAAAUGUUCUAGACUUCCUUUUUAUCUGUAAAUUUUCCUUAAGACUUCCUGCAAGAUCUAUCGUUGUGAUCAGUGAUGAGCUCUGCACGCUUUAUUUUACUGAGACUAUACAUUCUGUUCUUAACUUAUCCUAGUGCUUUUAAAAUCCUUUAACGAAAAGAACGAUGGAGAAGCUAUCAGAGAACAUACAAUUUUAAAGUUAAUACUGUUCCCCUUGUUUUAUUGUACAGUAGUGUGCCUGCAUGCAGUUGACUGGCUAGACCUUACAUGCAUGUGCACUACACAUGCAAUUCUCCUGACUUACACUUUAGAAACAGAAGUUUACAUUGCCUGAUAUAAACACGAGAGGGGUUGGAGAAUUCAAGACAGUAUACAGUUAUGCAGGCCCGUCAAAGUCGAGAGUUUGCAUAUGAGAUCCAAAGAAAAUAAAUGUCAAAUUCACAAAAUGACAUCUUACACAUGAAAUUUACUGGGCCCAGUUGUUUGAAGGCCGUUUAGCGCUAACCCAGGAUUAAAUUUUAACCCGGGUUUUUUUCUUUUGUUCAAAAGCAUUUUCCCGGAUAAUUUUCUCUCUUCUUUUUCGUGCAUCAAAUCAUAAAAUUAUAGGCAAAAAGAAUAAAACUGAAUUUGCUUUUCAAGCUUUCAUAUCUUAAAUCAAAUUUCACCCCAAAUUCGCUUUGAACAACCCGGCCAUUUUACCUACAUUAUCACAAUUCUUGUGCAUUUAAUUUGACAUUUAUUUUCUCGUGCUCGCAUGUUAUUACAGAUGACUUGACUAAACUUCAGAAUACCUCUUCAACAACUCCUGAUACUGCAGUUGGCAGUCUGCAGUGCAGACUGCAGUACAUGUAAUAUACUUUGUUCUUUAAUCCACGUGAACAGAAAUAAGCAAGCUAUACAUGUAAUAUAGCUCGUUUUUAAACCACAAAUCCCAACUAAGCCAGUUGAAAAUAUAGCAGCCAUUCUACUUAACUUAAUAUUCGGCGACUUUGGGACUGCGGACCGUGGUAGCAGUACAUUUACACUCUUAGGGUAGUCAGUUUCAAUUACUGACUGUGGGACUAUAUUUACACACACAAUUCCUUUUCAAUGACUGCAGACUGCGGAUCGUGGUAGCAGUAAAUUUAACAGGGGAAUUUGUGGCCGGGCAUUCUAAAGUUGACUUAAUAACAAUAGCAAAAAAAGAAUGCGAUAUUGUUUAAAUUAUUCCGGUAAAAGGUUUUUGUCCACUGAAAAUUUAACCAAUUUCCUGAUAGUUUCCAUCAACAUUUUUUAAUCAGCUUUAAAUUCAAAAGUCAAUUUCUUAAUUUUUUCAUAAAUACAGUAAGUUGUAAUGGGCCUUUAGUCAUUUUAUGGUAAAAGGUACAUUUAUAAGUGAUAAUAAUGGAAACUUUAUUUGUGUUUUUGAAUGUACAAUAUUGUAAAUCUCACUACGUAUAGGUAAUUUACAAAUGCUGCUUGGAUUAUUGUACUUAGAUUAUUCAAAGAAAAAAACAAGAAAGAAAGAAAAAAGAAAAGAAAAGAAAUCAAAAUCGCAUUAAGUCUGGGCUAUCCCAAUUCCUAUUUCUACUACAAAAGAUGUAAUAGGUUGCUCUAAUGGCUAUAGUUAUCAUUUUCUUCAUUAUAUAUAAAGUUGCUGCUUUUUGACAAUGCUAAUGUCAUUCAUCAUGUCUAAGAACAUGGAGCAUUCAUUGAAGAAAAUGCCAAGGGAGCUCAUGGAGAGAUUUGCAAAUUUCACACAUCUGUAAUUUCUCCUCAUUUCCUGGAUCAAGUUCAGAUAUUUUUCUUUUUUUGUGCACUGCAUUGCUAUUGGUUAGACUCAAAACCAAAUAAUAAUAAUAAUAAUACACCGUAUUCACAAAUGGCGGACACGCGGGAAAAAACUGGUGCCUAGUCAUGAAAGCAAGGCGUUGGAGGGUAAACAAAAAUUGCAAAUGAAGACUUUCAGUGAACUUGGAGAGUGUUUAGCACGGAUUCCACCUAAAAUAACUUUUUAUGGACUUCUUUUUAAAUACAAUGACGUGGGAUGUCUUCUGCUUUUAAUGUUUAGUACUGAUUUGCUGUUUGCAAUCAAAAGGGACGCGUAUAUCUUCAAGGAAACAAGAUGAUUUUGUAGGUUGCCGAAGCCUCAGAAGCUCAACAAGUGGGUGAUGGCUGGAGAAAAGCGGCAAACAUGUUGGCCCAAACUUCACACUGAAAUCGAACACGAAAGCCAGCUGACUGCGAUUCUGUAAAACAGAAGUAAAAACAGAUAUUGGUGCCAAGAAAAAAAGAAAUAAGCGACGGAUAUAUGGCCUACUUGUCAACGGAAGAGACCUCCGCCAUUACUCAAAACAGGUCAAGUCGAGAGCGGGUGAAAGAUUCAUUCACGAGACUCAUUCAUUCAUGUCAGUGUCAUUUUACACAUAUCUAUGUAUGUCUGUAUUUACAACUUCCUUUGGAUGAUAUUAAUUCCGUCGCUUUGGAGUGAAUUGUUAGAGGUACGUUGGCAGAGCUUAGCAAAUUCAGUGCAAAUUUAAAAUCUUUUGAUUUCUUUGUCAUUGCGAAAUAAAAUAAUUUUAUCAAAACUAGAAGCUGUAGUGUGUGAAUCUUAUGGCUUGCUAUUUGCCUGGUCUCCUUUACGGCAUUAUCUCGGAGAGCUCUUGGUAAAAAAGUGGUAUAAAGCUCACAUUUUACUAGGUUAAACGUUUAAGGCAAUGUUUGUGUCAGAACUGAACACGGCAAGCUUCUGUUUCAAAUCAUUAAAUGCGAGUUUGAAUCCGUUUAAGACAACCAUCAUUUUAUUUAUUUAUGUAUUCUUCACUUUUAAAAUAUUAUGGAACAUAAAGUUAAAACUCUUAACAGCCAAAGAUAAGAAAUAGGAAAAUCACUCGCUGAAAUGAAAUGUGGCCGGCUUACUGAGUCUGCCGCGUAGUAACAAGUUGAAAUUUUGAGCGUACUCCACUCGAUCGCUCCUGCAUUUAUACCAAAAAGAUAGUUCUAAUAAUUGAUGUCCUUCAUUGAUAAAGACCAGAGAAUAACGUCCUGGCAAAUAAACACCAAACAUAACUUCAUCGAAACCUCAGUCACCGCUUCUUUCCUGUCUUCCUUUUUUCCAUCUCCAUUUGAACUGUUUUGUUCAAUGGCACACGUCUCUUGGGUUAACAAGUAGGCCAUAUAUCCAUCGCUUAUUUCUUUUUUUCUUGCCACCAAGAUUUGCAUUGUUUAUAUUUCUGUUUUACCGAAUUGCAGUGAGCUGGCUUUCGAACUCGGUUUCAAUGUGAAGUUUGGGCCAACAUGUUUGCCGCUUUUCUCCAGCCAUCGCCCACUUGUCAAGCUUCUGAUGCUUCGGCAACCCACAAAAUCAUCCUGUUUCCUUGAAGAUAUAAGCGUCCGUUUCGAUUGCAAACAGCAAAUCAAUACUAAACAUUAAAAGCGGAAGACAUCCCACGUAAUUGUAUUUAAAAAGAAGUCCGUACAAAGCUAUUUUAGGUGGAAUCCGUGCUAAACACUCUGCAAGUUCACUGAAAGUCUUCAUUUGCAAUUUUUGUUUACCCUCCAACGCCUCGCUUUCAUGGCUAGGCACCAGUCUUUUCCUGCGUGUCCGCCAUUUGUGAAUACGGUGUAUAAUGAUAAUAAUAAUAAUAAUAAUAACUUUCAUGAUUACAGUGAUGAUAAAGGAUGUCUUUAACUUAGUCAGGCCAAUUGUAUUCAGUUUCUAAUCAGCAUCAAUUAAUCUUCUCAGGUGCAAAAAGAAUAUUAUAUUGGACAAGAAAAGAAAGAGAAGACACAAAGAGAAAGGAACUGAUAACAAAGAAUGGGAACAAUUUAUUAAUCAAAAACUUUUGGAAGUAUGGAGAAGGCCUGUUGAUUCUUCAGGGCUUUAUGAGUACAAAGGUAUCAUUAAAAAAUCAAGAUGCAUGUAAUAAUACUUUCCUUAACUAGAGGUAAUCAUUGAUUACGGAUCCAUGUUCGUCACUUGUGGAAAUGAAAUCAAGUCGAAAGGAGUCCAUUUUCCUGGCCGAGAUGCCCCUGAAAAAAUCAGUAGGGGUGGCCAAUGAUACCCCCAUCGCCGUGAUACCUUGAAAAUUUGUGGGUUUGUGCCAUAGGAACACCGAUUACUGUGACACUUCUUUUAUUGUGGAUUACAGUUUGGCUUCCUGUGUUAGUGUAAUUGUCAAGUCAGGGAUUUUGCGGUAGUGAUUCUGGCACUGUUUGUUAUCAUGGUCUUAAAAUAAUGGAACUGAAAAAUAGUUUCCAAGUGACUUUUUCAGCCUUAGGGAUCAAUUUACAGAAAUCCACAAUUUUUUCCACUCAGAUUCUUAACUACAUGUUAGAGCAAUUUAUUUAGGUAUAACAAGUUGUUCAGCAUCUACACUGUAUCAGUUUUCUAAUGUCCGCCAUCUUGAAUCAUUCCCAAAGUGCAUUGUAUGUUACCGAUUUAUGGCUCUCAGUGCCAAGAAAAAAUAUAUGACUUCAAUAAAUGGAAAACAUUUAGGAUGUGGGUUUUCAUGAAUUUUCAUGGAACCAAAAAAUAAACUUACUUCUUCCCGGAGAAGGGGCGUCUUUGAUUCACUUUUGCUAAUCGUGUAUUUAGGCCACGUGAUUUUUCCCGAAAUGUUUGGAAAAUUAUUUGAUUGUCGGUUACUCGUAGAUUUUGGUUGGCUUUAGGGCCUGUCGUCAAAACAUACCAGGCAACCAGAAAAUCACAAACAGAAACUUAAAACCACCAGAAAUAAGAACUCAAAAGCAUACAUGACCUCUUGACCUCUAAAUGCAAGAACCAAAGGCAAAAAUAAAAUUUGUUCUGUCAAAGUUUAUGGUACUCCAUUGACUACGAUGCAUAAUCUACGUGCUAGAAAGAAAAGAAAACCUCUGUUGCUCAAGCAAAUGCUAAGGUCUCAUUUCACACUAUCACUAGCUUACGAUGUACAGCUGUAUGAGUCACAUCUGACCAGUCAACACAGUCUUUAUUUUAAACUAAUCAGGACUUUCUGUAUCCAGUGGGAAGGCUUACAAAAGAUCAGGAUCUUUGUCUUUAAUAAGGGCUUGGGCUUGGUAUAGAGUAAACCGAUUAUAAAAAUGUCUCACUCUGUCAAUUAUUACUUGAUGCAAAUUAGUCGCAUGUGACAUUUUGAGAACUGAAGUGACGUGAAACAUGAGCCACAGAAAUUGUGGCCAAUGGAAUCUAUUUUCUUCAAUUUUUGCAAAAUUAUUCCCAUGCACGAUUAGUGGCUAAAGAUCCCCAUUCUCCAAUUUUUCCUGAGUGGGGCUGGGGGCAGGGGAGGUAGUAUUCUGUACACAGGCCAUACAGAUGGUUGGUUUCCCAUGAUCUCUGGGCACAGAACUGAAAAAUUAUUCUCCAUGGGAGUUGAAAUCCUUUGGGGCUUGAAUUGCUAUUGGUCAGCUCCAUUUUUGCCGUAAAGCAGUGUUCACCUCGUAUUCAUUUGAUACCAGGGUUAAAAGCAUAGCAAAAUAGGCUGCUAACCCUUUAAAGUUGACAACAGGUGUACAUGUAACCUGAAAACAGAUUUUAUCUAGAACAAUUUAUGGGGAUGGCCCUUAUCCAUGAGAGCACCCUUUACACAAGCCUAGAUGAGUCAUUAGAUUGAAAACUUCAACAAUUUUUUUAUUAUUUCUAGUGUUUGGCACUUUCUAUGACAUCAAUGCAAGGUCCUUUUAUAACAUCCAGGUAUGUACAGGUUAUACUUUUGUACCAGUACAUAAUUAUAUUUUAAACAGUCAUCUCCUAUUUAGUGGUCACCUUUUAAAUUUCUGUGGGUGACUGCUUUUUCACUCUGUAUUGUUAUCAUCAUUUGCAGUCAAGCAGACUGUAUUAAUUAGGUUUAACAGUAAUACUAGUCAAGUGCUUACAUGUACAUGAACUCUAGAUAGCUUCAGACCUUCAUUAUUAUUUUUUGCCAUUAUGGGGAUGUAUGUCUUGAUAAAAGGACAGAUUUAGAGGUGACAUGUAAAUCAUUAUGAAUCUAAAAAUAUUAUAAUGAUGACAUAUUGAUUUUCGUCAUAGAUUGAUAAUGAAUACCGGACAGUCUGGGACCAAUUUGUGUUAAAACUCGAUGUUGUUGACUUGGAUCCUAUGAGUGGUAGUGAAGUGCUUCAUUGGGUCACAAAAUUUCCUGUAAGUAUAUAUUUACAUGUUAUACAGUGAAACACUUACAUAGGUGACAUUCUGUAUUCAUGGUGUCUACCAGGAUGCAUUGAUGGUGAAUCACAGCUUUAAUUCUAUAAUAACUACCUCUUUUGCUUAAUUAAUUAUUAGGGCAUAUGCAGUGCAUAAAGGCAAUUUUUGCUAUGGCAAUUUCAAGUGUAUCACAGGGUUGCAACACUUCUGGGUCAUUCUGUCUAAUUGUUAUGACAUUGUUUUAAAAUUCUGCCCUUAAAAUCGACUUAGGUUUGCUUAUGCCAAGGCAGCAAAAAAUCAGCUGGUUGAACCUUUGUUUAGAGAGACAAUCACUCACAAGGUGUAGUAUACAGCUGAGUAUUAUUCCACUGUUAGAGCGGUUUUCACUUGACUGUCGUAAAACCAAAACCAAAGUAAAUACGCUAGCCAACCAAAGGGCGUAGUGAAACCAAAACCAAAACCAAAACCAAUUACUUUCGACAGUCAAGUGAAAACCGCUCUAUUAUGGAGGAUAGUAAUCAGUAUUAAAUUUCUGAGUGAUGAUGCUGUGGGUGUCCAGUUUACAAGUACAACUUUGUUGUAUACAGAUUUUUAAUUAUUUUAAAAUAACAGACAAAUAAAAAACAGCGAUAGUAAAUAACAUGUAUAAGUACUAUUACGUGUACUUAUAUUUUUUGCUAAUUGUUUGUUUCUUUCAUUUUAUAUCCCCUUUGUUCCUAGUACCCUCUGAGAAAUAGAGACUAUGUGUUUGUAAGAAGAGGACAGGUACAAGGUCACUUCUUUGUGACUGAAUUUUUUUCUAUUUUGUUUAUUAAUUUUUUGUUUUCCCCACAAUGAUAUCAUUCUUGCAGUUAUGUAUUUCUGACAGGGAAAACCAGAGUCCCACAAAAUUGCUCUCUGAUAUGAAGCCAGGCUACUGGGUCAACCCCUUGGGCUGGCAUGUUGUCAUUGUAACAGUCAAGCAACUUGGGGCUUUUUUUACUCAUACAAUUUCAAAUACAUUGAGGAAUUUUAACACAGCUGUAUGCUUGUGUUGCUUCUAUUUACCAGUUGCAGACGCUCCCUUUGUAUGAAUAAGGGCAUUGGAUAAGGUAUCAAUUUGGGGGCACCUUCUGUUCACUGUAGGACAAUAAAGGGUCUAAAUUGAAAGAAUUAUAUUUACAGUGUAACUUGUUUUUAUUCUUAUACCAGGUUGAUCAACAGUCCAUGACUAUGGUGCUUAUUUCAAGGUUGGUUAUUAAAAUUAAUAUAAUUAUUAUACCAGUAAAAAUAAUAAUCAAUCAUAAAAUUAUUUAUAAUAGUUUUUGAUGUACAGUUUGCAUACGAGUUCGCCUCAUUUAUGUUCCCUGUCGAAAAGUAUUACUGAUAAGAACAUACAUGUAUGGUCAUAUCCUGUCAGCAAAAGGCAUGAUUAUUGGUUUUAGUGGAGCUAUGUGUACAUAGUUUAAGAAUUAAUUAUUGAGCUGCAAGUAAUGCUGAGCGACUGCAUUUACAAAUGUACCUGCAAGUUAGUAAAUUAUCAAACAUGUCAAUUUAAUGAUCCCAGGCUAGUUUUCUUAUUUUUUGUGUAAUUGAAUUAGAAUUAAAUUGGAACUUAAAUAUAUCAAGGUUAAUGAUGUCCUUGUUCUUGUAUCGGUUCCCCUUCACUUUAUUGUUCCUGUUCCAUCUCUGUUUCUGGUUCCAGUUCCGGUUCUCGCUCGCUUUCCCAUUCCUAUUCCAGUUUCUGGUUUCCGGCUUUUCGAGGCGCCCAUUGUACUCACCUCAACUCAAUACUAACUUUGUGUAUAACAUGCCCUUUACAUUAUGGCAUGCAGUGUAAGUCUUAAAAUGUGUCUGCUGUUUAUCCAGGAUUUUCAAAGGGUAUCGGUGAAAUACACAACAUUACUGUACAGUAUAGAGCAAUAAUUUAUAUUACAUCAGGGCCAUGUGGGCCUCUUGCCUUGUAUUUCUUUCCUUCAUCAAGUCAAUUUUCUUGGUGCUUUUUUUCUUCUCAGGGCUACUACUCACCCACUUUGUCCAGAAAAUAGUGAUCAUGUGCGAGUACAAAGUUAUAAUUCCAGAAUGGUUAUUUUACCACACAGAACAUUUGAUGAGGUGAGGGUUUAUUCCAACCAUAUUUCUCUACCUUUUCUUACUGAAAAAGAAAACUUUUAUAGGCUAUAAUCACAGUAAAUUUUCACACCAUAAAAUUGAAAAGGAAAUGAUAUUUAAUUGGACAAAAACAGUACAAUUACAAUUCCACUAUGGGCCAGUUUAGACAAGUACUUAAACCAUUAUUUCUUUGAGCAAGUUGCUUUUUAAGGUUACUGUUAGAUUUGAUAUUAACCCAUUCAUUUCAAACACUAAUUUCUCAAAGUAAUAAUAAAGAAUUUCCCACAAUAAAAAUUACAUAAGGCUGUCAAGAGAGGCUAUGAAGGUGUGCUUCCUGUUUUAUAUUGCAGGCUAAAAAGAACAAAAAUUUUAUUAUAUUUUUGGCUUUCUUCUGAUUUCUAGCAUUGUCUGUCAAUUUUUCCAUGAGGUGAUUUACAGUAACGUCCCGUAACUUUAGGUGAAAAUGUUUGUUUGAACUCGUAACAAUGUUUUGUAUGAAGCCUUACCAAUGAAGUUAUUUGCAUAACAGGCCAUUAAACUUUGGCUUUACCUGACAUCAACCUUGAAAGGAUCAUUUUGAUAUCCAGUGUGUCUCUAAAAAGGUUUUUCUUUUUUUUGCCAUAGGCAUGUUAAAGAAAGAUCAAAGACCAUUGUACUAUUUAUUAUUUGGGGAUUAAUUAAAAUGUAAACCAAUUUUGCUAUAGAUUGCCAAAGCUUGCUUGAAAUCGUAUGUCAGGUUGUGANAUUUACAGUAACGUCCCGUAACUUUAGGUGAAAAUGUUUGUUUGAACUCGUAACAAUGUUUUGUAUGAAGCCUUACCAAUGAAGUUAUUUGCAUAACAGGCCAUUAAACUUUGGCUUUACCUGUCAUCAACCUUGAAAGGAUCAUUUUGAUAUCCAGUGUGUCUCUAAAAACGUUUUUCUUUUUUUUUGCCAUAGGCAUGUUAAAGAAAGAUCAAAGACCAUUGUACUAUUUAUUAUUUGGGGAUUAAUUAAAAUGUAAACCAAUUUUGCUAUAGAUUGCCAAAGCUUGCUUGAAAUCGUAUGUCAGGUUGUGAAAAUUGCAACAUUUCUGUCAACAACGGAAAGUAUCGUGUCAGAUUUUAGCCCAGUAUCAUCAUUAUUUCCAGGAUAGCACUCUUAGAUACCAACUUUGGCCUUCAUUUUCUCGGCUUCUAUUGAACAAAAAUUUAGGAGUUUGUGUUCAGGUGAAGAGUGCUUUUCAAAUAACCGAUUUUAGAAGCUUGGUCAAUUUUUGACCUUACAGCGGUUCUAAUACCUUAACUGGAAGAUUUACAUUGUACUGAUUUGUUUGUUAACUUAGGAUGGAUUUGACUUUGUGCUAUCAUACUUUGAUGAUCCUAAGACUAACUUUCCAUCGUACUGCAUGAACGUUUUAACAAGCUCAAGUAAGUGUGAUGCACUCAUCAUUCAGUGUUCUUUAUUCUAGUGAGAUUCCACCAGCGGCAUUCUAAUGGGAUAUUUUUAUAAGCAAUGAUAAUGAAGGAUUCUUAUUUACUGUAAUAAAGAGACUUUUAGCUUGUAUGUUUUGUUGUCCUAAUUCAGACCACGUGGUGUUCUCUUUGUCCUAAUUAUGCAUACAUUAAUAUUAUUCAUAUUGAUAUUAUGGUGGAAGCUCUCGUGAGCAGACACCCGAGUGGUGUCCGUAACUGGAACUGGCUCCUUGUGAGAAUGAAAAAUACAGAGCAGGGUUCGAAAUUGCGCCUUCCUGGUCACCAGUGCGAGUAAAAAUUUAGUCCUGGCGACCAGAAUUUCAUAGCUGGUCACCAGCUAGCGACUUGUAAAGCUGGUUGUUAUUGUGGACUUAAACAUUCGGAGAAACUGAUUAAGAAUUGAAACCUCAAAAAGCUAUUUGCCAACAGGUGUCUUCCUUUUUGUCCUGCUGAUAUUUUUUAAUUAAAAGGGAAACAAAUCUUCCUGUAAUAAUACCUUCACAACAGCUACGAUCAAUGCGAGUUGAACGUUUCCAAGCCGCCAUUACGAGUAAUGUGGCACAAAAAAAAUGUGGCCUCGUACGAGCAACAUGGCGGCUAUGUUUCGUUGUUGUUUUGUGGAUUGUUUUGUGGUAGUUAUCGGAAGAAAAUAGUUUUGAUAUGAUCCGGUACAGUCAUGGGCAGACAGCUUUCUGUUCCUACGUUCUAGAUCAGAUGGCUUUACAUGUAUAUCUCCAAAAAGUAAUUUGUGGAAAAAAUGAGACUUCACUCGUUCACGUACGGUUUCUUUCUGGUAUCGGGAGCAGAAGUAUUGCAAUUUUUAAGCACAAAAACGUCCAUACCAUGCAUUUUUUAUUCGUGUUUAAACUUUUACUUGAAAAAAAGGGAGGGGGAAUUUUUGGCGACCACAAUUUGCCCUCUGGCGACCAAAAAUUUAUANAAAAAAAUGUGGCCUCGUACGAGCAACAUGGCGGCUAUGUUUCGUUGUUGUUUUGUGGAUUGUUUUGUGGUAGUUAUCGGAAGAAAAUAGUUUUGAUAUGAUCCGGUACAGUCAUGGGCAGACAGCUUUCUGUUCCUACGUUCUAGAUCAGAUGGCUUUACAUGUAUAUCUCCAAAAAGUAAUUUGUGGAAAAAAUGAGACUUCACUCGUUCACGUACGGUUUCUUUCUGGUAUCGGGAGCAGAAGUAUUGCAAUUUUUAAGCACAAAAACGUCCAUACCAUGCAUUUUUUAUUCGUGUUUAAACUUUUACUUGAAAAAAAGGGAGGGGGAAUUUUUGGCGACCACAAUUUGCCCUCUGGCGACCAAAAAUUUAUACUUGAUCGCCAGUUGGCGCUCGUAUUAAAAAGUUAAUUUCCGACCCUGCAGAGUUUGUAUAGGGGUUGAUUAAAACAGGAUUUUAUUAGACUGCAAAACAGUCGGUUUUUUGCUCAAAAUCAGUAAAGAAAUCGGUAAAGCGUGGUGUAAGAGUCUUGCGUGCACGCAGCGCCCGAGCCUCACAUGCCCUAUGGGCAUGUGAGACGAGAGAAAAAACCGUCUCUCCCCAGUCUCGCUCUAUGUUUUCAGCCUCAUUCCAGACCGUUUGUUUGACUGCUCAUGCGCACUUGAAUACACAAAAAUACGGACUGUUUUGCAGUCUAGGGUUUUAUAAAGGUGGCCAUAAGUAGAGCUGUCCGUUUACAAGAAUGUCCAUUAGGAGAGCUUCCACUCUAUAUGCAUUGGACAAAAUGGUCUGAAAUGAGAAAACAAAACAUACAAACUAAAAUUAAAAAGGACUAUAAUUAUUUAUUAAUACAGUGUAUCAGUCACAAGACACAGCUGGGUUUCAUUUCAUAACUGUCAUCAACAACAGAGCUGAAAAUAAUAUUAUGAUCAUCUCAAAGUGGAAUUGUCAGUUUAAAUGACCUGCCCUCAGGAGUCUUGUCUUGUGUUUUUCACUGCUGUGACAAAUAACUGAUGAGAAGUUCCUCAUCAAAUCACUUCACAAAUGGUGCGUUUUUACUCAGAUUUCCGAACCUGUCAUCAUGAUGGUACCUGAUUUCCUUUGUUUCUCCUUUGGAAUAAUAUUUAAUAAUAAUUUAAUAUUUAUAUAAUAUUUUGAAAAAGUUGUAGUUAAAGUACAUGUUUUUCAUCUUUGAAAAAGGCGACCGUUUUAUACUUUUCACUUUCUAAUUAUGUUUCAGAUCUUCCUACUUUCAUUAAUACACUACACUCUGCAGCAGCUGGGCUAAGCCAACAGGACCAAAAAUGCCUGGCAGAAAGACAGGAGAUGGUCAAUCACUGAUUGUGCACUCUGAGUCAAUGAAAGUGCUUUUCUGAAAAUAAUUAAAGUAAUUGUACAAAGAACUUCUUAGUUGUGGCAGAACUUUGUGAUACAGUUGUAACGACAGACGAUCACUGGAAAUCCCAUUGGAAGUAAAGUUUGCAUGAUUAUAAUCAUUAUGCCCUCUCAAGUUGAUACAGUGAAUGAACAUCUUGUGCAAUGCUUUGUGAGCUGACUGCUGACUUUGUAGUUAGAGAAAGAGGGGCACAUGUAAUGUGAGAAAAAAAUUGCCUGAAAUGACUCUAUGUGUGCCAGAAAGCUGACACAUUAAAAUGAUUAUCUUUGGAUGUCAUGAAACAACUGUAACCAGGUUCAGUUGAUUACAAAGUACAUUAUUUUUGUAAGGUAAUCUGAACAACAACAAAAAUUGUAAUGUUUUCAAACUGUUGAACACUGAUGAGUAAACUAUUAAUAAAUUGAAGUACAAAAUGUAUAGGGGAUGUGUAUUAGACAGGGGGCAUUUAUUAGAGAGGGGCGUCUAAUACACCUUUAAAAGCGUUGAGGGGGCAUUAUUUUAAUAUAAUUCAAAAGAGGAGUAUAUUUGGAAGUAGGCAUCUGUUAGGUCAUUUCAGAAACCCAUGAGGGGUUUCUGGUCAUUUACAGUAAUUUGUGACAGCCUUCAGGUCCAGGUUACCCUGCAAGCAGAGUCUCCUUUGAUCUUCCUAGAAAAUAUUGGUAUUUUCUAGAAAGAUCAAAAGGGAUUCUGCUGGCAGGGUAGGUCCGGGUUGAUACAGUUGGUUAAUGACUACUGAUUUCUCUCACAGUUGAGUAUUUACAUGUACAUCAGGUUUUGUUAAUAAAAACCACCCCAAAAUAAAAUGAAGUUUAUAGUGUGUAUGUAUAGUAA